UCUAGUCAUAAUGAUUCUGAGGAGCUGUAUUCUAGAAAUAGAAGUGGUCGUGGCUGUGGUCAUGGCAAGUAUAGCAGAGGCCAGGUGAGUGUUUAUACACUUCCUGAUUUAUCUAAUUAUAAUCUUACAAAUAUUAAAAUUCAAUUUUUACUUGCUCUUACUACCUCAUAUCUUCAACCUAUAGAUGCAGAAAUCAUUAAAUGCUUCAAAAAUAAAUUAAAUAUUAAGGAAACUAUCGAUUAUAUAGCAGCUUCAUGGGAUAAAGUGGAAGAGUUAACAAUAACAAAUUGUUGGAUAAAAACUGGUAUUUUACUCUUGGUAUCAAAUGAAGAUGUUGAACUUGCACAAAAUACAUACUUAGAAUCAAUUAAAUGUGAGGAAAGUGAAAUAUAUGAAUUAGUGGUUGAUCUUACUGAAGAUACAGUUGCGCAAGAAAUAGAUGCAUAUAGAGAAGUUAAUCAAACUCAUAUUCCUACAGAAGAAAUACUUAAUGAUACUCAGAUUGUUAAAACCUACGAGCAGGGUAAUUCAGACGAUUCUGACAAAGAACUGCCAAAAAUCACUGCUGCUGAAGGAAUAACAGAUCAAAGUAUGUCUAUUAAUGAUAAUUUUUUUAAUAAAACAGAAUUUUUUGAUGACGGUAAUGUUUUUCCUGAUAAUGAUAAUUUUUUUGGUGGCAAUAAUUUUUCUGAUAGCAAUGAUUUUUCAGAAGACAAUUUUUCUGAUGAUGAUGAUUUCUUUGACGAUAAUAAUUUGUUUUAUUAUCAUAGGUUUAUUGAUAACUAUGAUAGUUCUGAUAAUUAUUAA